UCAAGAUCACAUACCUAGCCAUACUUCUGCCUCGUGAGCAGUUGUCGUGCUUAUUACUACCCACUCACCAAUCCAUCAAUAGAUUUGUAGUGCGCUCUAUCGCACGAUUUCAAAGAUAGCGGAGAUAAUAUUUCUAUCGACAAACCUUGUGGGGAGCUUGGAAGAUGAUCAAUUUGUUUUGCCUCACAUAUUUGGCUAGGUAGCACCAUCGCAUGUUUGCAAGAUGGGUAACAGCUACUCCCUUACCACGCCGUACGCCGGCUCUGCUGGCAUCGACAUACCAGAACUAGCCGACCUAGUACACGAGAGAUCGAUCGGAAGCGCCCGGUUCAUGAAAAGUAUCCGUGCUCGUCAUCACGAUGGAGUAGUUCUGGCAAAGGUCACCGUGAAGCCCUAUACCCCACUAUCGCUACGCGAACACGGCGAGAAGAUUCUACAGGAAAGAGAUAAACUAAGAGAUGUUCCCAACGCCUUGGGCUUCGAGCGCGCCUUUGAAACCGAAGGGAAUGCUUAUCUUGUGCGACAAUACAUAUACAGCUCCCUAUACGACCGUAUGUCAACUAGACCAUUCCUCGAGGAUAUAGAGAAGAAAUGGUUGGCCUUCCAGUUGUUAUGCGCACUACGAGAUUGCCAUUCUCGGGACAUAUAUCAUGGCGAUAUCAAGACGGAGAAUAUCAUGGUGACAUCUUGGAACUGGCUUUACCUCACCGACUUUACAGGCUCUUUCAAACCCACGAUGCUACCCGAUGAUAAUCCUAUGUUUUACUCGUACUUUUUCGAUCUGUCGGGUCGACGUACAUGUUAUAUCGCACCUGAGAGAUUCGUCGAACACAUAGAAAAUCCGCAGACUCAACUUCAAGGGCACAAGCUCACAUGGUCGAUGGAUAUCUUCAGCGCCGGAUGCGUCAUUGCCGAGCUUUUCUUGGAGACACCUAUCUUCAGCCUCAGCCAAAUGUUUAAGUACCGUCGUGGCGAGUAUGAUCCCGUGAUCUCGCAUCUGAGUAGGAUACCUGACCAGGGCCUAAGAGAGAUGCUGUCAAGUAUGAUUCAUCUCGACCCCGAGAAACGGUACUCAGCAGAGCAGUAUUUGGAUUUUUAUAAAGCCAAAGUCUUUCCUGAGUAUUUCUAUAGCUUCCUCCACCAGUACAUGGAACUCAUCACCGAUUCAAGUUCUGGCAGGGCUCCUAUUUCGGGAUCCAUAAGAAACCUGGGUGAAGCUGAUGAACGAAUCGAUAGAGUUUUCUAUGAUUUUGACAAGAUAUCAUAUUUCUUAGGCUAUCACGAUGGCAAAGAAUCAUCUCAACUUACUCACUUCACUCCUCGACUCGGCCUAGGUCUUUUCCCUAUACGACUUAAUAUACCCAAUAAUGAACAUUUUACGUCUGCGGGAAAGCAGCCUCCCAUGGACGACGGAACACUAAUCUUCCUCACACUUGUCGCCGCGUCCCUUAGAAAUACUGCUCGAGCAGCAUCUAAAAUCAGAGCCUGUGACAUAUUGUUGGCUUUCUCAGAGAGAUUAUCUGACGAGGCAAAGCUCGACCGAGUUUUGCCAUACCUAAUGACUUUACUAAACGAUGAUGUCGAUCUCGUUGCUAUCGCGGCUCUCAGGUCUGUCACUCAGCUUUUGGCUCUUGUAUCGGUAGUUACGCCGGUUAAUGCCCACGUGUUCCCCGAAUACAUUAUGCCAAGAAUGCAAGUCUUCCUGUCUGGCGCUUCCAGACAACCUAUUAUGGGAAAAGAGCGCAGAGAACCGAGUGCUCUAGUCCGAUCCACGUACGCGUCUUGCUUAGGAAGCCUUGCGACGACCGCCUCGAAAUUCCUGGAGUUGACAGCCAUUCUAAGGGCAGAAGGGACUAUUAGCACAGCCGAUCCAGAGGUGGAGGCCGGGAGUGAUCCUGACUCCGCAUUUGACGGCUUAUUUGAUAAUGCUCAGAGCGAACUCGUCGAACUAUUCGAAGCACAUGCUAAAGCUUUAGUUGAAGACUCGGACGCUUCUGUACGCCGAGCUUUUCUCAGUUCUGUCCCAGAACUCUGCAUCUUUUUCGGCAGUAGAGAAUCUAACGAUAUCAUUCUUACUCACUUGAAUACAUAUCUUAACGAUAGAGACUGGAUGUUAAAAUGCGCUUUCUUUGAUACUAUCGUCGGUAUUGCUGCUUUCUUAGGUAGCAUAAGUCUGGAGGAAUUCAGCCUUCCCCUUAUGGUACAGGCUGUAACUGACCCCGAAGAACAUGUUGUUCAAGCGGCAUUGCACUCUUUAGCUGAGCUAGCAAGUUUAGGUCUCUUAUCAAAGGCAAAAAUCUGGGAGUUAAUCGACAUGGUUGGCCGCUUCACUAUGCACCCAAACCUAUGGAUUCGCGAAUCUGCAGCAGAGUACAUAUCUAGUGCCGCGAAACUACUAUCCCUUGCAGAUAAACGGUGCAUCGCCUACCCUCUUAUAAAGUCAUUUCUAAAACCACAUAUCAUCCCCGAUUUUUCCGAGCUCGACUUACUAGAUGCAUUGAAGAAACCGUUAUCGAGAACAGUGUUUGAUCUGGCUUUAUCCUGGGCUCAGAAGACCGAUAGAGGAUUAUUCUGGAAGGCGGUCAAACAGCAGAAGCAGUCGACUUUCACGAUUGCGUCUACGGCGUUAGCAAUUCGUUCAUCUCGGGAGGUGCAUCCUCAGACCCUUAACAGAGUCCAACGAAACGAUGAGGAUGAACAAUGGCUUGGCCGACUACGAAAUAUGGGUAUGGCAUCCGAAGACGAAUUCAAGCUGCUUGUUCUAAGGGAGUUCAUUUGGCGCCUAAGUCAGAUGAGGAAUAGGGAUCUGAUCACACAGGAUAAUAUUGCUACAUCCUUGAAUAACAUCAUUACUUUGAGGAGUCUGAAUGUUCAAUUACAAACUAUUAUAUUCAACGAGACUGCUGCCGAAGAGGAACCAGCGUGGCAAGAGCAGAUCACAUCCGAUUCGGAUAAAGGCCCGUAUACAAUUGCUGACGCUCUGAUGGAUGCGUCAAUGACGAUAGACGAGCCGGUCGGAAAGAGGAAACGUGCCGCAAUGAAUAACCAUCGCUCACGCCUAAGUAGCCGAGGAGGGGCAAUCUCGCCAAGAUCGAAGGAUAAUAGAGCCUUAUCGCCAGUGCAGACUCUAUCAUCGUCGCCGGUUGACGGCACGGGCUUUGAUCAAUCACGUCGAGCUUCAUCCACAACACGUGGACGGGUUUCCCUUGACGAUAAUGCGUCUGUCUCUGAUACUCCGUACUCUACUAGGAGGGCUAUUCGACAUCAGUCUAGCGCACUAGAUCUCUUGAAUAGAAAGGAUAGCGGUAGAUCCAUCGCCGAGACGGGAACAACCGAGGCAAACGCAUUCGGUCAGGUUGAAGGGCCAUUUGCGCAGAAUCCACCGCCCCAAAUUACAAUCCCUGAUAUCGUCACAGAAGAUGGAAAGCCGAGCAACCGACCACGUGCGGCACACACAUAUGAGGGCAAUGAUCCCGGCAUCCUGAAAAUGCUCGACAAUAUGUACAUCGAUAACUACCCUCAUGACAUAGCUCUGUUCGGACCACUUGUCCAGCCUAUUACGCGGAGGAAGGUUAGUAAAGCGGCUGGACAGACAGGCGAAGAAGCGUGGAAGCCGAACGGUAGUCUUGUUGCUACGUUUGCAGAACAUACGGGGGCGAUCAAUCGUGUGUUGCCAUCGCCAGAUCAUCUAUUUUUCAUCACGGGGAGCGACGACGGCACUGUCAAAGUCUGGGACUCGUCACGACUUGAACGUAAUGUCACCCAUCGUUCACGUCAAACCUAUAAGCAUGAGGCAGGCGCGAAGGUAACUGCUCUCUGUUUUGUAGAGAACACGCAUACCUUUAUCAGCUGCGCUACCGACGGUAGCGUCAAUGCCGUCAAGGUUGAUACCGCAGCGACGAGCGGAGCAACUAAGUAUAUCCGCUUACGACCUGUCCGAGAGUAUCAACUUCCGCCAGAUGAAUAUGCUAUAUGGUGUGAACAUUUUAAGCAAGAGCUUAACUCCGUGCUCGUCCUAGCGACCAACCGGUCUCGAGUCGUAGGUGUCGAUCUUCGCACAAGGUCGCUCCUCUACUCUCUUGAAAAUCCUGUACAUCACGGGACACCAACGUGUUUUUGUAUUGACCGAAAGCGUAACUGGCUAUUGCUUGGUACAUCUCACGGAGUCCUGGAUCUUUGGGAUCUUCGAUUCAAAAUGCGAGUUAAGAGCUGGGGAUUACCUGGCAAGUCGGCCAUCUAUCGUCUUAGCCUCCAUCCCGCCAAGGGGCGCGGGAAAUGGGUAUGUGUAGCAGGUGGUACUGGCCUUGGAGAAGUUACGGUCUGGGAUCUGGAGAAGACCCAAUGCAGAGAGAUCUACCGGGUGGGUGGGUCUAAAGAGGGACCAAAAGAAUAUAAGGCAUGGGAUGUUGACGAGGAUAAACCCGAGGGCAUGCUCGGCCGCUUCGCGACUAAUAUCGAACCUACGGCUAGCGGUAGUGGGGAUCGGGGCGUGCGAGCUAUGGUCGUCGGCUCGGGUGCUAUGGAAGAGCAGCGCGACGUGCGGUACGGAUACAUCCUAACGGGGGGUUCGGACAAGAAACUGCGUUUUUGGGAUCUAAUCCGCAUCGAGAAUUCGUGCGUGUUCAGCGGACUCCAAGGAGAGGACGCCAGGCCGGUCUUUUCUAUAGUCAAUACACCAAACCAACCCGGCUUAACCCUCAACGUCGAAAGGAUAUCCAAAACGGGUUCGGAGCAAAAGAAUGCCAAGAACGGCAAGGCCACAAGCGGUAGAGAGAAGCCUCCUCGGCAUACAGUCAUUUCGGCGGAGCAGGGACAGCUGCUUAGAAGCCACCUAGAUUCGAUUCUGGACGUGGCGGUCUUAGAGAUGCCAUACACGAUGACGGUUAGCGUGGAUCGAUCAGGUGUCAUAUUUGUAUUCCAAUAAGGGGUGAGUGAAAUGGACAAUAAACGAUAGAAGCGAAAGAGUAGCGAGUAUUGCGGGAUUUGGCGUUUUUGUUUUGGUUGGGUGUUAGUUUAGCUAUCUGCAUAUACUGUAGGCGAAUAGGAUACCAUGGCUAAGACGGGGCGUUACUGUGGGCUAGAAGGGCUGUAUUACUUUGUUAGGGGUAGCGUUAUGUAGAUGUUUUAAAUCGAAGUCGUGUGCACUGUUUGGAA